UGUCAUUGUAAUAAAUUUGUUUAUUUUUAUGAAGUGUAGUCGAAAAGUGCAAUGUUUGUUUUUAAAAUAUAAUCAGUAAUUUUAGGAAUAUCUGAAUAGUCAAUAAAUGAUUGCCGAAAUUAAACAAUGCAACGGAAGUCAAGGUCGAAGUGAGGUUAUAAAAUAGGACCUCCGUCUAGUAGUAUUUAAAAUGGUUGUGUUAAAUGGAGACUCAAGUAGAGAUAUUUGCAGUUGGUUAGUUCACGUAAAGCUUUCUCGAAUAGUUAUAAUUCUCCUAUCUAUUCUUAUUCUAACUCCUCUAAUUACACAUUUUUACCUUUCCAAAGUUGAAAGGAAUUCAUAUUACAUAGAACAUAAUGCACAUUCUCAUGAAGAUCUACCAGAAGAUAUUUACACAUUUAAAGAAGAUGAUCUUAAAGUAGGCGUCGAAGAAUUACUUAGAAUAAGGGGAUCUGUUUUAAGCGAAUUGAGAGAUAUUGAAAGAAAAAGACAGCAAUAUAAGACAGAAAUUCAAACUUAUGUUAAAAAUAUAGAAGAAUUAAAACAAGAAUUAGCCCAUCAACAAACAAAUUUAAAUAGAUUAAAAAUAUCAGUAGAACAGGCACAAGUUGCACAAAGGGAAGCUCUACAACAGAACACUCCAGACCUUGCAUUGCCCAAGAAAUUAACAGCUGAUGUACUGCCAGAGGUUUUACCACCUGUUUCAAGAUAUGUAUCAAAAAGAUGCAGAAUGUUCAGUUGUUUUGACCACUCAAGAUGUUCCUUAACAUCAGGAUUUCCAGUGUACCUGUAUGAUCCUGACCAAUUUCCAGUGAUGCAUGAUGGUUGGGAUGUAGAUGGAUUUUUAAAAACCACUCUUAAACAAACCCUUGGAUACAACCCUCAUUUGACAAAUGAUCCUAAACAGGCUUGUAUAUUUUUAGUUUUAGUUGGAGAAGCUUUAAAAGACACUGAUGAUGUCAGUGAGAAUGUUAACAAUCAUUUAAAUUUGCCGCCAUUGGAUUCUGAUGCUUUAAAAAGAUUACCAUACUGGGGAGGGGAUGGAAGAAAUCAUAUUUUGUUAAAUUUAGCAAGAAGAGAUCUCAUGUCUGUUUCUGGAGAUGUUUUUUCUGGUGUGGAUACAGGCCGUGCAAUUCUAGUACAAUCAACUUUUACCUAUGACCUGUAUCGCCCUGGGUUUGAUCUCAUUAUAUCACCAGUUUUGGGACCCCCUGGAGGGGAUGUAUGGCAAGAAUGCAAUCCAAUGUUACCUGCUCGCCGAGAUUACCUACUCACCUUCCAAGGAGAGAUAAAGAAACAGAAGUCUCCCUCACCUCGACCAAGUUUUGACGAUUCUGAGGAUAGUAACAUGGAACUAAAUAGGUUUAUACUGGAUCAUCUAGUGCAGCUAUCUAAAACUACAACAUCUGACAAAUUUUUGUUUGAAUUCGAAUGUAAUCCUGCCAGUGAUAAUAACUUAAAUGUUGCCAAUCAAGAUUGGGCGCUUUGUGGAACUGACAGUAGCAGACGGGCGGUCUUGAAAGAUUCUACUUUUGUUUUAAUAUUUGCCCCAGGACAAGAAGAUUUGAUCUCGACCACUCUUCUUCAAGCCAGAAUUUAUGAAGCCCUUAGAUCAGGUGCCGUCCCAGUGAUUCUAGGUGGGGAUCAAAUUAAACUCGCCUAUGACGAAGUCAUCCAAUGGAAGCGCGCUGCCGUAUUUUUACCACGUCCCCGUAUUACCGAACUUCAUUUCCUUUUACGGGCCAUUCCAGACGAAGACGUUUUGUUACUGCGUCGACAAGGGCGUCUUAUCUGGGAACGAUAUCUUGCCUCUGUGCAAAGUACUUUGGAUACCAUAGUAGCCGUUUUACGAGAUAGGCUGAAUAUUCCAGCCGCAGCUGCAGACACUGUUUUAGCCCUUAGUGUGUUCAAUGAAACAUUCCAGCCAAUACAAGUUUCGGUCGCCAGCGAAGUGGAACAGGAAGAAAGUUUAGGUCCCCUUGAACCGCCUUUCGAUAGUCCCACAUAUCGCAGAAACUACAGUAUAUCACUAGUCCAAGGUCCAGAAAUUUGGAACGAUUGGGGUGAUCCAUUUCGGUUAUACCCUGCAUUACCUAUGGACCCUCUUCUAUCGUCAGACGCCAAAUUCAUCGGUUCUGGUCGUGGUUUUAGGCCCAUAGGUCAAGGUCAGGGCGGUUCUGGUAAAGAAUUUUCUGAAGCUUUGGGGGGUAAUUCUCCGAGAGAACAAUUUACUGUAUUACUACUCACUUACGAAAGGGAACAAGUAUUGUUGGAUUCCAUAGCGAGGUUGAGGGGCCUACCUUAUUUAAAUUCCGUGGUUGUGGUUUGGAACUCUCCAAGGCCGCCUAGUCCCGAAUUAAGAUGGCCAGACAUUGGAGCUCCUGUUCAUGUCGUUAAAGCAGCUAGAAAUUCGCUUAACAAUAGAUUUUUACCUCUAGAAAACCUAAAGACUGAGGCGAUAUUAUCCGUAGAUGAUGAUGCCCAUUUGCGACACGACGAAAUAUUAUUUGGCUUCAGAGUUUGGAGGGAACAUAGGGAUAGAAUUGUUGGAUUUCCAGGAAGAUACCACGCCUGGGAUUUAAAUACAAAAAAUAGCUGGUUGUACAACUCAAACUACAGUUGCGAACUAAGUAUGGUGCUUACAGGUGCGGCAUUUAUCCAUCGCCACUAUCUUCAUCUAUAUUGGAAAUGGUUACCACAAGCAAUAAGAGACAAAGUUGAUGAAUACAUGAAUUGUGAAGACAUCGCCAUGAAUUUUCUUGUUAGCCAUGUAACCAGAAAACCCCCGGUUAAGGUUACUUCGAGAUGGACUUUCAGAUGUCCAGGAUGCCCUCAAAGUUUGUCCGAAGAUGAUACGCACUUCCAGGAGAGACACAAAUGCAUUAACUUUUUUACGCAGGUAUUCGGAUACACGCCAUUGCUAAAUACACAAUACAGAGCUGAUUCUAUUUUGUUUAAAACUAGGAUACCUCAUGACAAACAAAAAUGUUUCAAAUUUAUAUAGAUAAGCAUCAAAACCAAAAAUUCAAAGCUAGACUAAGUAUUAGGUAUUUUUUAUCUACAUCUGAGUACAAUUUGUAUAUUAUUCAACAUUUUUGUAAAGUGAAUUUUUAAUUUAUUUUGUAAAUUGUAACAGUGUAAUUUAUUGUGAUAUAUUAUGACUUUUUUACUGUUUUAAAUGUGCCAUUUUUUCAAUAGG